GUGCAAAACACUCACACGAUAAUUAUCACAAGUAAACAGUGAUCCCUAUUGAACCAUUAUUUCAUAUUUGUUCACACUGUUUUGCACUGUUUGGCACGUGAAGCAAAGUGGAGUUUGUAGGAAUGAAAUUACAUUAUCAGGCAAUCAGAAUGUCACACAGUCAUCGUAGAACUACAGUUUUGAGUGUACACAUAUUUGUCAUUUAGAAAAAUUUAUAUAAAAAAUUUUGUUUUAUAAUCUGAAAGCUGAGUUGUUUUGUUUUACAAUUUAAAAGUUAAAUACCGAGAUUAGAAUGGAGUACUUUUCUGCUAAAAAAGAUAUUGGCGCAUCACAGAAAUCAUCAAAAAUUGGUUUAGCUUUAAUUGCGGCUACAGGUGGCAUUGCAACAGCAAUUAGUGUUGUUUGCUUUCCAUUUGUAAGUCCUGCAUUUCGUAGGAUAUGUUUGCCAUAUGUACCAGCUACACAUCAACAAAUAAAAAAUGUUAUCCAAGCAUUAAAUGGUCGCUCUGGUUCUUUAAUUGAUCUUGGUAGUGGAGAUGGACGUAUUGUUCUUGCAGCUGCAAAGCAUGGUUUCAAAGCCCAUGGUAUUGAAUUAAAUACUUGGCUAGUAUGGUACUCAAGAUUGAAAGCCUUGACUAAUGGUUUAUCAAACAAUACUGCCUUCUUCAAACAAGAUUUAUGGAAAUAUAAUUUAGGGAAAUAUGACAACAUUGUUGUAUUUGGUGUAGAUCAAAUGAUGGAAGAUAUUGAAAAGAAAUUUAAUAGCGAAUUGUGCCAGGACACUCUUGUAAUUGCAUGUAGAUUUCCUCUUCCUAAUAAGCAUCCUAUUAUGACAAUUGGACACGGAGUUGACACUGUUUGGGUUUAUAAAAUAUCUCAGAGCUGAAUCAGAGGUAACAAAAUUUUUAAAUAAAUCAUGACAGGGAAUGUAAAAGUAAUUGUUGCAUAUUUAAUACAUAGCAUGUCUCAAGUAUAAAAUAUGUAACAACUUUUGUGUUAAUGGU